AUGGAAUUAGCUCAAGCCUUUGCUGUCCGGGCUGGCCUCCGCCACCUCCAACCCCUCGCCUCCGGCCUCGAGUUCAACGUCUACAAGGCGACAUCACCCGCCCACGGCGCCGUCGUCCUGCGCGUGCCCAAGCACAAAGUCUUUCAAAACGCCAACGACCCCAACGUUGACGCCCGCGCCCUCGUCCGGCAAGAAGCCGCCAUCGCCGCCCUCCUGCAGGCCACCCCCGUGCCUGUGCCCCAAGUCCACGGCUACUACGAAAUCGACGGCUACCCGGCCAUGGUCUGCGAGUACGUGCCCGGCGACGGCGCUCUCAACGACGACGUCGCCCUAGGCCGCAUGGCCGCCCUCAUCCACACCGUGCCGGUCCCAGCCGACUGGCCGCCCAUUGCUUUCGUGGCCAUGGAGGGCUUCCCCAGCACGCAGCUGCCGGAGUUGUUCCUGCAGCGCAUGCGCCGCCGCUUCGAGGUGCUUGGCCGGCUGGAGCCGCAGACGCGGGACUGGGCCGUGGACGAGGCGACGCUGGGCGUGGUGGCGCGGCCGCUGCUACGCCGGCUUCCGCCGGCGCUGCUGCACAUGGACCUGCGGGACGUCAACGUCCGCGUGCGAGCGGGGCACGGGAUCGCGGCCGUGUUUGACUGGACCAACGCGCUCCUUGGGCCGCCGGUCGUCGACGUGCACCGCAGCAUCGAGUGGGGGGCGCAGAGCACGCCGUUCCUCGCGGGCUAUGAGAGCGUGCGCGCGCUGGAGGCGGUGUCGCCGCGCGAGGGCGCGUUUCUCCGGCUGGACGCGGCGCUGGUGCUCGCGCUCGUAUUUGUGUCGGAAGCGCCAGAUCCAGAGAGGCGAGAGGGAGCGCUCGGUCGCGUGCAAGAGCUGUGCGAAGCGUUAAAAAAGGAGUAG